AUGCGCUUUCUCAGUUUCGCAAUCGCCCUCCUGGCGCUGCUUACCGGAGUGUACAAAUACUUCGACUCGCGCCUGGAGCAAUUCUACAUUUUCGACCCGGCGCAUCUGCACGAUUUGUCUCAGCGCGCCAUCGCUGCUCACGGCGAAGACACCCGCUCCAUUGUCGAGUUCAUUGUCGCUGAACUGAGCGAGAAGGUCGGCACCACGAACCUCAACUUUGACCAGGAAUGGGUCUUCAACAACGCCGGCGGCGCAAUGGGCGCCAUGUACAUUAUCCACGCCAGUGUCACCGAGUAUCUGAUCAUCUUCGGCACCGCCAUCGGGACUGAAGGACACACCGGUCGCCACACCGCAGAUGACUACUUCAACAUCCUCUCCGGCACUCAGGUCGCUUACGUUCCUGGAGAAUUCGAGCCCGAGGUCUACCCUGCUGGAUCCGUUCACCAUCUUCGCCGCGGCGAGGUCAAGCAGUACAAGAUGCCCGAGUCGUGCUUCGCCCUGGAAUAUGCCCGUGGCUGGAUCCCUCCUAUGCUGUUUUUUGGAUACGCCGAUACCUUUUCGAGCACCUUGGACUUCCCUACCCUUUGGGCUACCUCUCGCAUCACUGGUCGCGAGAUGAUCGCCAAUGCCCUCAAAGGGAAGUUCUAG